AUGACCGACAAAGCAUUCACAAUGCUGUUAGAGUUGUUGCAAGAGGCACUUCCCGAGCCGAAUACUUUACCAAAAAAUAUGUACGAAACAAAGAAGAUCAUCAAGGACUUGGGGCUUAAUUACAACAAGAUUGAUGCGUGCCCAAAUGAUUGUAUGUUGUAUUGGAAGGGACAAGAGAAAGCCACGACUUGCUCCAAAUGUGGUACUUCAAGAUAUACAUCAGUAGAUAAGAAAAUCCCGGCUAAGACAUUACGCCAUUUUCCAUUGAUCCCAAGGUUGCAAAGGUUAUACAUGUCGUCUAAAACCUCAUUUAACAUGAGGUGGCACUACGAGGGUCGUACAAAUGAUCAAAGGUUACGACACCCAGCUGAUGGGCAAGCGUGGAAAGAGUUUGAUAAGUUGCAUCCUACUUUUAGUGAGGAGCCUCGUAAUAUCAGACUUGGAUUAGCUAGUGAUGGAUUCAACCCGUUCAAGUCAAUGAGUGUAAAGUAUAGCAUAUGGCCUGUUGUUGUGAUGCCUUACAAUUUGCCACCAUGGAUGUGCAUGAAGCCAGAGUAUCUCAUGCUUACUUUGCUUAUUCCUGGACCACGACAACCUGGCAAUGAUAUAGAUAUAUAUUUACAACCAUUGAUAGAAGAGUUGAAAGAAUUAUGGAACACUGGGGUUGUAACUUACGAUGCAUAUAAGAAGGAGAAGUUUAAGCUAAAUGCAUGUUUGUUAUGGACCAUUAAUGAUUUCCCGGCUUAUGCGGUAUUAUCGGGUUGGAGUACUAAAGGUGUUUUCGCUUGUCCAUGCUGCAACAAGAAUACUACUUCUCAUUGGCUUAAAUAUGGGAGGAAACACUGUUAUUUAGGUCAUCAUCGAUUCCUUCCCCAAGGACAUAGAUUUCGACGUGAUAAAAAGAGCUUUGAUGGCUAUGAGGAACAUGAACUACAACCAAAGCCACUAUCGGGUUACGAUAUUUUGGAGGAGCUGGAAGGUGUUCAGUUUCCUUUAUUUGGGAAAGAUAUUAUUGACAAGCAUGGGAAGAAGAAGAAGAGGCGAAGGAAGUUAAAACAGCCAAAGCUUCCAUUUAAUUGGAAGAAGAAGAGUAUAUUCUUUGAAUUUCCAUACUGGAGAUCUAAUCUAAUCCGUCACAAUUUAGACGUGAUGCAUAUUGAGAAGCACGUAUGUGAUAGUAUCAUUGGCACAUUGUUGGAUCUUAAAAAAAAGACAAAGGAUAACGUGAAGGCACGUUUAGAUCUAAGAGAGAUCGAAAUACGAUCAGUUCUUCACCCAAAGUUUAUUGAAGGGAAGGAUAAAAUAUUCAUACCUCCAGCAUGCUACACAAUGUCUACUGCUGACAAAGAUUUGUUUUGUUCCGUUUUAAGGGGUGUAAAAGUUCCAGAUGGCCUUUGCAGUAAUAUCUCACGGUGUGUGCAAGAACGUAACAUAUUAGGAAUGAAGAGCCAUGAUUGUCAUAUCAUGAUGCAACAACUUCUUCCGGUAGCAUUGCGUGGUGUGUUGCCUAAGAAUGUUACCAUUAUAUUAAUACAAUUAUGUGCAUUUUUUCGGGAUUUGUGUAGUAAAGUUGGGAAAGAGGAGGACUUUAAAAGGCUUGGUGAAAGUGUAGGCAUAACACUUAGCAAUAUGGAAAAGCUUUUCCCACCUUCAUUCUUUGAUAUUAUGGUUCACUUGAUUAUUCAUUUAGCCCAUGAAGCUAUCUUGGCUGGUCCAGUACAAUACCGUUGGAUGUAUCCAAUAGAGAGGUUCCUUAAACAACUUAAGGACUACGUGCGCAAUCUUAGUCGGCCAGAGGGAUCAAUAGCAGAAGGAUACAUUGGGGAUGAGUGUUUGACUUUCUGCUCUAGAUACUUUGAAGGUGUGGAAACAAGGUCGAAUAGAGCGAUAAAAAAUGCAGGUUCAACAGAACUAGAACAUCCAAUCUCUAUUUUCUCAAGAACAGGUAGGCCUGUAGGGAAGUGUAAGAUAUUACGACUAGACAUUCAAGAAAGGGACCAGGCUCAUCGGUACGUGCUAAACAACUAUGAUGGAUUAAAUGAAUACCGAAAGCUCCACAAAGAGAAGUUGCAAAGAUUAAUGGGUCGUAAAUCUCGCCCACAUCUUAUUUCGACAAGACAUGCUAAGGAGUUUCCAGCUUGGUUCAAUGAGCAUAUCUUGCAUCUACGACAGAAUGGGGAGGAGGUGCCUCAUCAUAUCAGAUGGCUUGCUCGAGGUCCUAACUUGGAUGUGAGAAGUUAUAAUGAAUACAUCUAUAAUGGCAUCAAGUUUCGUAAGGAUCUCAAAGUAAUAUUAUUUCAUUGUGAUUGGGCUGAUAACAGAAAGGGAGUAGAGGAAGAUGAGUUGGGGUUUGUACUUGUCAAUUUUAACCAUUUAUUGUAUAGUAGUCGAGAUCAGCUUGCCGAACCAUUUGUACUUCCAUCACAAGCAAAGCAAGUGUUUUACAUUGUAGAUUCUCAUAGGCCUGAAUGGCAAGUUACCAUGAGGCCUAAAAGUAGGGAUAUUUUUGAUAUGGGACAGCAGGAUCCGGAUCGUGAUGAUUUAGAUCAGACAUAUACACAGAGUACAUUACAAUAUAGACAAUAUGUAGAACAUUCAGAGGAUGAUGGUGAUGCCAGUCUUAGUUGGGUAAGAUCUGAUGUGGAAGGUAUUAUAAUUGACACCCCCAUCGGAUUGAUCAAUUCAAUGGAAAGUUCAGAUGAUGAUAUAUCAAAUUGA